AGAACAUGAUGACUUCAAUGGAAAUGGGACAGAGACUGAGAUUCUAGAAAAAUGAAAAUCGUAAUUGGAACUUCGAAUUUAUUCGUCCUCUUUUGGUGGUUCGCUUUCCCAAACAAAGCAGAGUGAGUGUGAGGACUGCCUCUCCAGGUCUACUUCUUGCGUGUCCUCUCUAAGUAGUGGUUAUUUUCAGUUUCAGCUUGUGCUUGUUGAACUUGAUCAUCAUCACGUGCGGCACCAGAAAUAAAAAAUGCCCGUCCCGCGUCCGAACAAAGGGCCUUUGGUCGAGAAUUGGCUUUUAGACGACGCCUGGCGGAAGUACAUGUUUACCAAGGAGAAGAAGUGUCGACAGUCCGCGGAUAUGCAUUGCAAAAGUAUCGUACUCGUAUAAAUGCAUUACAAACUUUCUCAGCAUGAGAAACAAAAUUUGCAAUGCGGAUUUACCUCAAAUGAAAGAUUUGUAAUGCAUGAAUGCAAUUACUACGAGUGCGAUACUUUUGCACAGGAUAGCGGAGAAGAAAUAUGCGGAGCUCAUCGAGAAGCAACAGAAUCACACGUAUUUAUUAUUUGUCAUGCUGUUUUGGUUUUCCAAUCACACGUAUUUCAUUGUCAUGCUGUUUUCCCACUACAAACUCGAACUCCUGAUCUCCUAGCUUGAUAGAGGAAACAAACUUUCUUUCCUUCGUUCAUGUUAGUCCACACUAUGUUGUAUACAUCAUUUACAUUUACCACAGCCAAGCCACCCUCCUCCGCACCCAAUCCGGUACUGCGUUGAAACCGGCCCCGGAGGCCUGGCCGGAAAAGCUAUUGGGAGGAAAAAUCCCCCCUCUCCAUACCAAACCAGGAUACUUUUGAAAAUUUGUGAUGCUGAUAGGAGACCACAAAUCGUCUCUGUAUUGCAAGAACGCAAAUCCAAAAAGCUUGCCGUGUCCUGCAUGCCCAUUGUAAUGCUUUAGGGCCUGCGGAGGAUAUGCCUGCCCUGCUUGACGCCUACACCAAAAGGCCCCUACUCCCGCUCUGUAUCUGCCUGCAGUCCUCUACUGCAAGACAGAGCCGAUUUGUGUACACAGAUCCCGUAUCACAGAUUUCCGCUUCGAUAUGGGGAGGAGGGGUUUUUUCUUUUGAUAAAAGCCGAAUGCGGAACGCUACCUGACCCAAAACCGCUUCAAGCGCAUGACCAUGGUGACCCAAGACGGCCGGGGAAAGCUGCUUUCCCGCGUGUAUUUGAACGGAGAGUGGGUCUACUGUGCGUGAUCUUCUUUGUCUUGGACUGAGAGUAAUGCAGUAUGGCAGAACCAGAAGUUUGUUAUGCAUGAAAUUGAUGAUCAUGUUGAUGAAAAGUAGAUUAUUAUCAGGACGAGGUGGAGCUGGUGCUGGCAGCAGCUCCAAGCACGCUUAUUUAUUUACUUACCACGUAUGGCAUUUUCAAUUAGUGACGAAUGACAAAUGAGCAGUGACUUGUUAUCUUCUUCUUGUUCUACCAGCUGCCUGGUGGAACGUUUACUGCACGGCAAGGAUAUUUCCAUUCUAAUAGCGAACUUUUCUACUCUAUUUGUCUUCAAGAAACUACAUCGUUACAGCAGCAAUAUUUUGCUGUAACAGACCGGCAUCAACAAUGGCGACGACAGAGAAUCACAGUGGCUCUGUCGUCAAUUUUGAACUCAACAAAUCCUCACAACUUUUCAAAAACCACGUAGCGCUAUUUUAUGUUUUUACGUAACCAAAUUUUCUUCGUCAGAGAACUUGCUAGUUUUGAGAAGCAUGCACCUCCAUUCGACAAGAACUUAAAACUUCAACUUUUCUAGAAUCUCUUGUAAGGUGUAGCUCGCAUAUAAGGCUACAACUAGAUUACAGAAUUUCAACAAUCUGCAGCUACAAUGGACGGGGCACAUCUAGAAGUAAAAUGAACCGAAAAAUGCACCACGAAAAUGAUAGACUCAGAUGGAGUCUGAUUUUCGAAAACGAAAUAAAAGGAGUUUAAGCACGACCUGGGGACCGCGGUUGUGCUUCGAUGGUCCAUGGGGCUGGUAAUCAAAG